AUGUAUGGACAAGGAUACAAUGCCCUAUUGAAGUUUCGAGGAGGAGAUGGCGAGAUGAUUGUAUGUAGCACCAUCGCCAUGGCAUGGAACGCCGGACCAGCCAUGAUUGCCGUCAACAAGGAAGGCUUGCAGGGCAGGUGUGGAGUAGGCGGCGGUGCGGCAUGGAAGAGAGUUGCUGGCAAAGUAGACAGCCGCAUGCAUGCUCGAGGAAAUUUAUAUGCGCAGCAAGACCUUGGGAAAGUGAGAGACGAGGAGCAAGAGCAGUACUUUGGCGACGGAUGGGGCAAGGGACACGCGUGGCCUGAAGGGGGACAACACAGGAAAGAGAGUUUCCAGAGAAAUGCAGGAUGGAUUUAUGAUGGAAGGAGUACCAAGGAGGAGGGAGGUGGUCACGGUGCUGCGGUGGAAGAACAACCCGCCGUCGGAGCACGAGCGAUCCUGCAGGUGUUCCGCAGCAUGCAAAAGAUGCCUGGCGAGAUCAGAGUGGGGCACACAUUUACCAUGGGAAGAGACAAGGGAUGCAGCGUGCCGUUGGACUGGGAUGGAGUGUCGCGGCAUCACCUCACGAUUCAGGCGUUGGAGUCACCAGACGAGGCAAUCCGAUGGUUCAUUCUCUCCCAUGGAACUAACGGCACCUUCGUGAACGGGAAGAAAAUCGCAGAUUCUUCCCAGUGUGCCCUGAAAGACGGGGAUGUAAUUGGUCUUGGAAAGGGAAGGAUAGUCAAAGUUGAUGGACGCAUCGAAGAGAAAGAAUUACUCUAUCAGGUAGCCGGUCGACCACAAAGAAGAAUUCUUUCUCGAUUGUUGAGAGCUGAUCGUUCUUCUUUCAAAUACCAGUUUGUUUUCCGCAACCCUUUUGAGAACAACUCAUCCUACGUUCCACCGCAAAACGGCCGAGUAUACACGACGCCAGCUUCAUCUCAAGACGACGACAAGGGCGAGAUCAACUUUCCUUGUAAAUCUGCUGUCUUCCAGCCCUCCUGGUACAAGAAUAUAAAGACACCAGGCAGGAGUCUCAGCAACUUGCGCCUUGAGCUGGACUACGUUUACAGCUUCUCAAGUGGUGGACGGGACCCCGCGGAUGUUCGCAGCAACGUCAAGUACUUGAUUGAUGGGAGGAUCGUUUACCCCGCCGGGUCCAUGGGUGUCGUCUUCGACCCCAUCUCAAACACGCAGGAGUACUUCACAGACCAUGACGGUUUCAUCAAUGUCCUAGCGUUACAUCCAAACAAGAGGAUCGUAGCAACGGGAGGAGUCGCCACCUGGUCGAGAAGAACAGCAGAAAAUAAGCCCAGCGUCAGCAUCUUCGUGUGGGACUCUUGUGGGCCAGGGGGUAAACCGACACGGAUCAGCAAACCCUUCGCGAGGCAGCACGAGGCGUCGCUGCAGGCGAUGUCGUUCUCGACGUCAGGAGAGAAGCUGGUGACGGUUGGAGGCGACUCGAAGAACAAGUCUCGCGUCAUCGUCUAUGAGACCACAUGGUUGCUUGAACACAAUCCUUUUGUGCUGGAAUCGAAGAAGAAGCUCUCAGAUGAUGUUAUGUCUGCUCAAAGGAAUGUCUACUGGGACUCUCCUCCGAUCUUCGAUGAAGACGGCUUGCACUUUGCACAGACUGUCGAUCGUCUGAGUAGAGUCUGGAACUACAAGAAGUUCCACAAAGACCCGACCAAGUCGAUGGUCACGAUGGGAGGCGUCAUGACUCCCCAGCGCGCUUACUCGAUCGCCUGGAUUCCUCCGUCUUGGUUCCCUUCCAGUCAGGCUCCUCUCAAGGCUGUUCCUGCCAUGGGGCUCCAACUCGGCGACAUCUUCAUGUUUGACAAGGUUGGCUCGGAUUACACAGUGAUUCACAAGAUCGAGCAAGCUCACUCGGGCGAGAUUCUUUGUCUCCGAUUCAUCGUCAAGGAGUCGACGGCAGCUGAGAUCGAGGAGAAUGGAAUCUUUCAAUACCUGCUGAGCGGAGGCCGCGACGGGAAGAUCAGGGCGUGGGACGCGAAACUCUCAUGGCGUGAGCCGGUGAUGGAGGUGGACCUGAGGGAUGUGGUCGAAGAUGGCCUCGAGAGCGUCGUAGCUGUUCGCUCGCUGGACUACAACCCGAGGACAAACAAGCUGAUCGCUGCUACAAGUAUGAACUCAAUCUUCGAGAUCGACCUCUCGGUCUUGCGGGAGCGAGGAUGGCAGUGGCCCUUCGACGCGUGCAAGAGGGUGAUGAACUCUCACUUCGGAAGUGUGGAGAGCAUCGCCAGGUGGCCAUCAGGUGACAAGGCAAGGCGCAAGUUUCAUGCAGCCAGCACCUCGCGGGACGGGUUUGUGAGGAUGUGGGACUGCGAGGCGAGGACGGAGAGGCUGAACAGAUACAUGGGCAUGCCCGGGCUGUCCAUCGACGUGUCAAGUGAGUGCCUUGACGAGCCCGGGACCUCUGAGGCGCUUCAGUUCUCGCCUGACUGUAAAAUCCUUGCGGUAAUCUCCGGCAGAAGACAGAUCCAUACCUUCGACUGCAUUCGAUAUUCUGUUCCUGCCCCUCAGGGUCAAGAGGAAGUGUACUUUGGAGAUGGAAAGCUGAAGGAGCGGGAGAAGCAGCUGCGGGAGAAGAGACACGUGUACAUGCUCGCUCACAAGGGAAACGAGAACAAGACGGCACCUAAAGCUGUGAAGUUCGUGGGGAGCAAGUUGAAGCCCGAGCCCUUUGCCGCCGGGCUGAUCCGAAACCCUCCGACGGAUGGUAUCGUGCACAAGAUUGGAGCGAAGCAUGAAGCUCCACGUGCUGACGCGCUGAAGCGACAGCUGCCAGUAUUCAAGCACCUCUGCUCCUCCGUCGGCAAGCACGCCACCACUAUCACCAACAUGGACUUCUCUGCUGAUAGCAGACUGCUUCGAACCAGCGACAACUCAGGAGAACUUCUGUACUGGAACGUCGCAAACUUGACCAGCAUCUCCCGUGCCGGCGACCUGCGGGACGUGCGAUGGGCGAACUUUUCCGUCCCCUUCAUGUGGGAGCUGAAGGGGAUCUGGGAGGGGAGCAGCAAACCCAGUAACAUCUCUGUGGUCGAUGCUCAGCCACAGCUGGGGGUGGCGGCCGUGGCACUUGAGAACCACCAGGCUCGUUCGCCUCUCCUGCUGUCGCCCAGCUCACCCGCCUGCUCCAGGUCGCUCUCUGCGGCUUUCCGUGUCGUGACAAGAUGGAGGAGAGGCAGCGUGAUCCUGGGAAUGACCUUCACCAACGACAGCAAGUUCCUUCUGACUUGCGGGAGUUUGGACAACUGCGUGCUGCAGUGGCGGAACUCCAAGGCUGAGGGAGACGGACAGGUCAACGUUCGAGCUGGAGCCUCUUCUUUCCCCAUCCUCACCAGGGCGGAUGACUAG